AGAACGGGUGUGACAGCGUGAGUGUGUGACAGAGGGAGAGAGAGAGAGAGAGAGAGAGAGAGAGAGAGAUUGCCCAAAGGAGAGGGAGUGGGGUUGUGCGUAGUGGGCCCCCACCAAUCCAUGUGCCCUUCCGCCUGUCUCCACCCGCUCCUGCCGCUCAAUGAUUAGAGCCCUUCUUUCCAGUUUUCCUCUUUCUCUCUCUCACCAAGUUCAAACAAAGAAACAACCACACGCAGCGCCCACCAGCUCAUCUUAGCAUAGCCCACCUCUCUCCCUCUCUCUCGGCUGUAGCAGCGGCGAGUGAUGUCGAAUACAGACGGCACUUCUAAUGGCGUAACAAACGGCGCCCUCAUGGACCCGCAACGCCAGCAGCCCCCAGGGAACGGCGCACUAACGGUGAAGAAACCGCCGGCAAAAGACCGUCACAGCAAAGUGGACGGCCGUGGCCGCCGCAUCCGUAUGCCGAUCAUCUGCGCCGCCCGGGUCUUCCAACUAACACGUGAGUUGGGCCAUAAAUCGGACGGUCAAACCAUCGAGUGGCUCCUCCGCCAGGCCGAACCGUCCAUCAUCGCGGCAACCGGUACCGGCACCACCCCUGCCAGCUUCUCCGCCGUCGCUGUUUCCGUCAGAGGCUCUUCCAGUAAUUCUGUCUCCGUUUCUCUUGACCAGAAACCCACACAACCCAUGCUGGGCCCCACUCCCUUCAUCCUCGGCAAGCGACUCAGGAGUGAUGAUGAUGAUGAUGAUGAUGCUGAUGACGCAGCUCCCAAAGAAGAUUCAGCCACUGCUACAGGCGGCGCCGCUGCUUCCUCCGCCUGUGGUGUUUCCGUGGGCCCCGCAGCUGGUGGGUUUUGGGCUGUGCCAGCUCGGCCGGAUUUUGGUCAGCUUUGGAGCUUUGCUGCCCCACCGGAGAUGGUGGUGCCGACGCCCGCGGCAGCUGCUGCUUCGCAGCAGAUGACGAUGGCUGGGAGGUUUGGACAACAACCCAUGGGUGAGGCCUCCGCGGCGAGGGUUGGGAAUUAUCUACCGAUUGCUCAAGGGUAUCUGAACUUGCUUGCUUCAUUGUCUGGUGCUUCGGCUUCGUCGGGGAGAAGAGACGAUGAGCCUCGUUGAUUGAAGGCUUUUGUGUGAGUUUCUUUCGAGUUGAGUGUAUGUGUGGGUGGGUGAGUGAGUGGGUGUGUGGGUUUGUGGGGACUUGCGAGUGGAUGAUUUUUAUGGGUAUGGUUAGGGUUGAGGUUUUUAGUUGGUGGGAGGUGGGGGAGGGGGAGGAGGUGGGGAAGAAGAAGUAUUAGUUUGUGGAAAAUUAAGAAUUCAAUGGAGUAGGAGUUGUAUUAGUCACUAUGCUUACAUAUCUUUCUCUCUGAAUGUUAGGGUUUAGUUUCAUUUUUUUGUUGUUGUUGUGUUUCCUUCCUUUAUUAGGGUUUGUUUUAUGGGAGGGAGAGUUGAGCGAGCGAGGACUUAGUUGUUUGUGAGUUCUGAAUCUGGCGAUUUAUCUUCACUGGAAGGGAGUUUUGUGUGUUGUUUUUGUUACUUCCUGGAGUAUGAACUAUGAAGGGUUAGUCAGAGAAUAAACUUUAAUCGACAGUGGAUGCUCUGGUUUUCGUUUUUCCCACUUUCUUAUGGUUCAGUGCGACGUGUGGUUCCGGUUGUUGCUGUUGGCUACCUAAUGCGGAUUAGGUUUGUGAUGUUGAAGACGCUGAGUUGCAGAAUUGGGCUCUGAGGAAGUGACUGGAUUACAUCUCUUGCUGUGAAGAAAUUCGGUGUUUCUGAUAAUUUUACAGAUUUCCCUUCUGGGCUACUGUGUUCAUGAUGAUAGGCUGGCUACAUGGGCAUCUGAAGUUUGAUUUUUCUUGGUGUAGCUGGAAUUCUUUUCUCUGGGGUUCCUGACGACAGAGUAGGUCUCCAAGAGUCCAAGCUGCUGUGGUGAUUAUUGUGAGAGAAGAAUUAGGGGAUAUUUACUGCCUUGUGUGCUGGGGAAGUCUCUCAACGAGGUUCUCUCUUGCUCUCUCUGUCUCUGUGUUCGUGUGGAGGAACUUAGUGAAGAAUGCUGCGGAAAUGCUCUUGGUUCAUGCCUGUAAGAUCUCAUCUUUUCUCUUAAUCUGUAAUUUUUUUAGAUUUUCUUAGAUUUAUCAGCAUGACAAUAAUGGGGUUUUCUGUAUGUAAUGGAUUGUUUGGGGUGCCUGCAGUGUGAAUAAAAAGUAUGUCUUUUUGUUUCUUUCCUUUGGGGUUUUGCUCGACCCAUUUUUUGUGUGUUGUGUUCCUUUUAUUAAUGUAAAUAUGAACCAUUCCAUUCUGAUUUUAUUUCA